CGUCACGCAUAACAAACAUGGCGGCGCUCUGUAGGACACAGCUUCACGGUGUGUUGGAAGAGACUCAUUAAAACGCUCUCUAUGGCAACUUUAAACGGUGAACAUACACUGUGAUUGUCUGUGAAUUAGCUGAGUGUAAAAUUCAAACUAUAACAUAUCAGGAGCGAUGGGUUUGGAGCGUCUGUGUGGAGUGUUGGAGUUUUACUCCAGGCAGCUCCGACUCGUUAACAUCCAGCGCAAAGUGUCGGUCUGUAGAAACGCGUCCGUGUCGGCUCAGCCUUCACCCAGCAGCGGUCUGUCUCUGCGGGUCUCAUGUAUACCGGGUCUGUGCUGGGGGACAUCGUUCCAGUCGAGCCGCCACGCCGCUCACAGGCAGCUGACAGCCCGCCGCAGCCUCUCCACCUUCGCCCAGCCCUCCAAAGACGUCAUCCUGUUCGACCAUGACCGAACCCGCUUCUUCCAGCUCCUGUCCAUCUUCUGCGGGGGACAGCUCGUCUUCUGGACCUACCUGGCUCACUUCGCCUACACGGGGCUCAGGAACACAGGGGGCACGUCAGAGAAAGGGAAAGCAAAGACGACGACGUCCACCACCACCGGGCUGGCUGGGAUGUGGAGUUUUGAGAUGAACCUGGGGUCAAACAUCUGGAGGUACGGCUUCACGCUGGGAUGUCUGGCAGUCGGUGCGGGGAUCGUCGUGCUCGGGACUUUGUUUUGCCGUCGCUCUGUGUGCAAGGUGGUCUUACAUCAAGGUGGGAGGAUGGUGACAGUCAUUACACAGUCGCCUUUGGGAGCCAGUCAAGGCCGGAAAAUAACUGUCCCACUGUCCGAGGUGGCCUGCCAUGCUCACAGGCAGCAGUCCCCCUCAUUUAUCCCCCUCAGGGUUAAAGGACACAAGUUCUACUUCCUCCUCGACAAAGAGGGGACCCUGAACAACGCCAGGCUGUUUGACAUCACUGUCGGGGCAUUCCGGCACGUUUAACAUGGUGUUGGGCACCAAAAAUAAAUAUGGACGACUGAUCAACAAAUCUAAUUAUGGCAUCCCAGUUUCUGUUUGUUUCUCAGCAAGAAAAUAAAAUCUGCAAGCUCAA